UUUUCUCAUCAAAACGAAGCCGUGGUGUCUGAUGCCGAGUCCCACAUCCCAAGGAUUUGUCUCCUAUAUCCUCUGCAUUGAUCUUUGAUCGAUAUUUAGAUAUUAGAUUAAUUGCUUGUCGUGUUCACGCCACCGCGUUCUUCUUUAUGAGUCUAUGAUUAAUGAGUUUGUCCGAGCACAAGGCAUCAUUCAGCAAUCUGCGAAAUUUCUCCCUGUCUUUGCCAUUUCGGGGAAGUUUGGGCCCUGUUUAAUCUGUGGCCUACAAUCUACGAGGCUCUAAAAAGAACAAGAAGCGUGUAAGGAGCAGCGAGCAGGUGCUGCACUAUCCGACGUAGUUAUUGGAGACAGAGAAGCUUCUUCUUUGGUUUUUGUCUGUAGAACUAAAUAGAGGGUACAGUCUUCAGUGCAUUCUAAAUUUGAGGCUUCCCUAUUCCCUAAAAGGAUCUUCUUUCGAGUCUCUUCACACAUUCAUGUGAGUUGUCUUUUCUUCCCUUGAACUUAGCAGCUCAUAACCUCUACUAAUUUUCAUGUUCAAAUUCGUGAAAUUUGGUGCCUGAUGCCACAAGCUGAUCCAAUGAGACGUUUGCACAUUUGUUUUCUGGUUCUUUUGUGGAUUUUGUCUAUUCCAAGUACCCAUGAACUACAAGUUGCCCAGACCCAAGUCUUACUACAGAUGAGGAUGUAUUUAGAGUAUCCCGCCUCGUUGCAAAGUUGGGGAAGUUAUAAUGGGGACCUCUGUAACCUUUCUUCUUCUGCACAUGUGAGCAUUAAAUGUCAAGAUAACUCUGUAUCUGAGCUUAAAAUUAGGGGAGACAAAACUGCGAAGUCCGAUGAGUUCAAGGGGUUUGCAAUUCCCAAUCAAACGCUGUCGACGAACUUCUCUAUUGAUUCUUUUAUCACUGCAUUAACGAGGUUGACCAGCUUAAGGGUUCUUAGCCUGGUGUCCUUGGGAAUCUGGGGUCAUCUUCCGGAUAAGAUUCACCGAUUAUCUCUGCUCGAAGUUCUGGACUUAAGCUCGAAUUUCUUAUUCGGUUCUAUCCCGCCGAAAAUUUCCACAAUGGUACAGCUCAAUACAUUGAAAAUCGAUGACAAUUAUUUCAACGAUUCAAUGCCCGACUGGUUCGAUUCAUUGUCGAAUCUAAAUGUCUUGAGUUUGAAAACCAACACCUUGCGGGGUUCAUUCCCCUCAUCAUUGUGCAAAAUUAAGAACCUCACCGAUAUUUCUUUGUCUCGCAAUGAGCUAUCUGGUAAAUUACCUGAUUUGAGCGCUCUCACUGGCCUACGUGUACUGAAUUUAAGAGAAAACCGUUUAGGUUCUAAACUGCCAUUGAUGCCCGCAGGAGUGGUCACAGUUCUGCUAAGUAAUAACUCAUUUUCUGGCGAGAUACCGAAGCAGUUCAGUGAAUUGGGUCGGCUUCAACAUCUAGAUCUCUCGGCAAAUCAUCUGAGUGGAAUACCUCCAUCUUUCUUGUUCUCAUUGCCAAGCAUCAGCUAUUUGAAUUUGGGUAGCAAUGUGCUGAGCGGGUCACUUCCAGAUAAACUAAGUUGUAGCAGCAAACUUGGUUUUGUGGACAUUUCUAGUAACAAAUUAAUUGGUGAACUUCCUUCUUGCUUGGCCAAUACGUCCAAUAGAAGAGUUGUCAAAUAUGAUGGAAAUUGUUUAACUCUCGAUUCUCAAGAUCAGCAGCCAGGUUCUUAUUGUGAAGAAUCCAAUACGGAGAGGAAGAAAUCAAUGGCGCGGAAAAUAACGUUAGCAGGGGCCAUCCUUAUUGGACUUGUUCUUGUCCUUGGGAUUUCGGUAUUAGGAGUUUUCUUUUGUAGAAAAUGUCUGAGGAGAAGGGCAGCUAAGCAUCAUUUGUUGCCAAAGAACGCGCAAGAUAAUUCCACUACAGGGUUUUCAUCUCAAUUCCUCGCAAAUGCCAGGUUCAUUUCUCAGGCAGUGAAGCUAGGGGCACAAGCUACAUCAAUCUGUCGACCAAUUUCAGUUGAAGAAUUGAGGGAAGCCACAAGAGACUUUGACUUGUCAGCUUUUAUUAGUGAAGGCUCCUUAGGAAAGCUAUACAAAGGAAAACUAGAGAAUGGAUCCUACGUGGCAAUACGAUCUUUAGUUCUGUCAGAGAAAUGCUCAAUUCAAAAUCUUAAAGCUCGGUUGGAUUUAUUCUCAAAGCUUCAACAUCCAAAUUUGGUCAGCCUAUUGGGUUAUUGUAUUGAUAAUAGUGAACAAGAUGAUUCAACCACCUACAAACUUCAUCUUGUAUAUGAGUAUGUGCUCAAUGGGAGUUACCGAGCCUAUCUGUCAGAGUUUUCUCUAGAGAAGCCGCUCAAGUGGUCUGAUAGAUUGGCAAUUUUAAUUGGGGUUGCCAAGGCUGUGCACUUUUUACAUACUGGGGUUAUUCCAGGUUGUUUUAACAACCGAUUGAAGACAGACAAUAUUUUGCUUGAUGAGCAUCGCUUUCCCAAGUUAAGCGACUAUGGAAUGUCCAUCCUCGGAGAAGAGAUUGAAAGGUUUGAGGCAAAGAGACAGGACUCAAAAUCAUGUGACCAACAAAUCAUUCUGCCCAACUGUUCUUGCAGCCAAAGGGCAGCAUUUGAGGAUGAUGUUUAUAACUUCGGGUUCAUAUUACUUGAAUCACUUGUUGGACCUAUAGCAAGCGGACAAGGGGAAGCGUUUUUUCUGAAUGAGAAGGCAUCCUUCGGAAGUCAAGAUGGCAGAAGGAAAAUUGUGGAUCCCAUAGUGUUGACAUCUAGCUCUCAAGAGUCAUUAUCAAUCGCAAUAGCGAUAACAACCAAAUGCAUAUCUCCAGAACUUUCCUCUCGCCCCUCAUUCGAGGAUGUCCUGUGGAACUUACAGUAUGCAGCUCAAGUGCAGGCCACAGCAGAUGCAGACCAGAAUUCAGAAUCUACAUCAGAAUCUCAAGAUUAUAGGAGGGACAAAUCCUGGGAUUCAAUUGGUUCACAUCCUUCUCCGACAAAGCAGAUUAUUAAACCCCAGAAUCAUCGUAGGAUCCAUAAGUAACUGCAGUGUCAGAUUGCAACAACAGAUGUAAAGUUGUAGAUGUUGUUUUUUCAUGUCUCUAUAGAGUUUUGAUCAGGUAGAGGUAGAAGGGAUUGAUAUUCUUUAUAGAAUCAGGAACAAGAGUUCAAAUUCAGGACAUUAAAGCAAGUCAUGAACUUUUAUAACCGCCGCCAGCAUGAGGUCGUGACGAAAUAAAGUUAGCGGUUACUUUUCUGAUUAA